CCACCAUCCACCCACCGGCAGCGUACCGCAGAAGCGUCGCCAUGGCAACCGUGUGGAGGCUCGCAGUUCUGCUGGCGGUGGCUGCGGCAGAGCCGCUGGGCCCGGCGCCCCCCUCGGGGCGCAGGUUGCCGGCGCCUGCCGAGGCAGAGGUGGAGGACUUGCCGCCGCAGCUGCGGCCGCUGCUGCCAAGCGCGCCGGAGGUCGGCGACGCCUGCCGCAGAGAUACCACUCUAUUGGCGGAAGCAGCCCGCAACCGCUCCACGUGGGCCCUCUCCAUGGUGGACGCGUCCAACCGGCGGCUGGCGCCAGGGGUGCUCUCCGGCAACACAGACCUGCUGGGCGCCUACGACCAGUGCGUGCAGACCAGGGGACCCGCCUUCAAGGCCCGCUACUGCCUCGCCACGGUGCACCUCUCAGGGGGUGCGGCUGACGGGCGGCGCUUGCGUUGGGGUACGUGCGUGCCAGCGACUUGCUCGGCGAGCGACGUGUCCGCACAGCUGAUGGUGGCUUUGCCCGCUGCACUGGGCCAGGACGCUAGCGUCCACAUCUCGCCGGAUGACUGCGCCACCGCCGACGGCAUGCCCUUGGAGCCCGCAGACUGGUGCUUCGUGGCGCUGAUGGUCAUGUUUGGAGUGGCCUUAGUGGGCUCCACUGUCUUCGAUGUGUUCUUUUCCGAGAAAGUGGACAUUAAGAAAGACAGCGCGUGGUUGGCGUUCUCGGUGCGCAAGAACUGGCGCUCCCUGACCCACGUCAGCAACUCAGGACUGACCAGCGUGCACGGCAUCAAGUUCCUCAGCAUGGCCUGGGUGGUGCUCUUCCACAAGUACGCCGUCAUGGCCGACACACCGACCAUCAACAGCGAUAUCGUCGAGGACGGGCUCAAGUACGACUGGACGCAGAUGCCGGUGUCUAACGGCGGCAGCCUGGCGGUGAACACGUUCUUCGUGGUGAGCGGCAUGCUGCUGUCGUUCGUGUUCCUGCGCGACCGCUCGCAGGGCCGGCCCUUCGGCCUGAUCAACUUCUACGUGUACCGCUACGUCCGGCUGACGCCCGUCUACGCCGUCGUCAUCUGGCUGUACGCGACGCUGUCGCGCCACCUGGGCUCCGGCCCGCUGUGGAGCGGCGUCAUGGCCGACCAGACGCGCCGCUGCCGCGCCUCCUGGUGGCGCAACCUGCUCUACAUCAACAACUACCAGCCGCCCGGCGAGGUGUGCGUGGUGCAGUCGUGGUACCUGUCGGCGGACACGCAGCUCUACUGGCUGAGCCCGCUGGUGCUGUACCCCAUGUUCCGGUGGCCGCGCGUCGCGCGUGGCCUGCUCGGAGGUCUGCUGCUCGUGCCCAUCAUCGUCGCCUUCUGCCUCACCUACAUCCUCAAGUUCCCCUGGGCUGACGUCCGCAGUCUCGAGGACACGGUGCGAGACGCCUUCUUCCCAGGAGUGUACGCGGCCACCUACACGCGGGCCAGCCCCUUCCUCGUGGGCCUGGGACUGGGCUGGCUGCUCUUCCACACCAAGGGCCGCAAAACGCACCUCUCUAUCGCGACGGUGUGCGUGUGCUGGGCGGCGUCGACGGCGUGCGCCCUGGCCGUGGUGUACUCGCUGCACGCCUACUACGUCAAGCCGUACAACCCCCUGGAGGCCGCCUUCUUCAGCGCGCUGCACCCGCUGGCCUGGGCCCUCGUCGUCGCCUGGACCAUCUUCGCCUGCGAGCGAGGAUACGCAGGUCCCGUCCGCAGACUGCUGAGCUGGUGGGGAUUCCAGCCCCUGGCCAAGCUGUGCUACAGCGCCUACCUCAUCCACUUCCUCGUCUUCUACUACGAGCUAGGCGCCCUCAGGGCUCCGAUCAGCUACGAUCACUUCUCGGUGGUACACAUCGCACUGGGUGACGUCGCCAUUGUGCUCACGUUAUCCACAGUGUUCGCCCUCACUUUUGAGCUGCCCGUUCUCAACCUGGACAAGGCUUGGCUAAAACCUGACAGCAAGCCCUCGCCGGCCAACGCCGCGUCGCCCGGCACGGCGACGCCGCCGGCUUCCGUGCUGUCUAGCAUCCAACCGCCUUCGACGCUGGGGCAAGCGGCCGGCAAACCGCAGGACAAUCCCGCCUUCGAGAACACGGAGGCCGCCACAGUGGCAGCGUCGGAGGCGACCGAGACCCACCCCGCCCCUCCCAGCGACGGUCGACUCGCGGAGGUGCGCGUCGACGCCUCGUCCACGCCGGCCAGCUGUUAGCGGUUUCCGUGGCAACGACCUGCGGCCGGGGACGCCGCUACACGAACCUCGACGUCGACUGAUAAUGCGUCGAAACGACCUUCGCUUCAGCAUUCGAGAUACCGCAGGCUAUGACGUCGCACUAACCGCCGACGUAUCUUGACAGUCUCUUAACCGCAAGAUCGACAUGCUUUUGAGGGGAAAAAGUCGAAUAAGUGUCUUUCAUUCAUACUUUUAUAGCAAUAUAAGUCAAUUCCUUGUGGAAAACAGGCUGUGAAACUGUUGUGCUGUUCCUUCUUUAGUCCGCGCAUUGGUUCGAGGUCAAACGACACUCUCCAUUAACGUCACCAGCUACGACUCGGAGAGAAAUGGGCGCGUCUGCUCCCGACAGGUCUGAGAACACUGGCUGACGCAACGUUCAGGCAAGCGCUGCGCUUGCUGGAUCGUUUUGCCACCGUUCGCUGCGACAGCCAUAUCGCGGAUUCGUACCGCCUUGUUGGUCGCCUGUUAACCACCUGACCACUCUAACCUCUCGUAAAAGAUCGCUUUUGGCAGUCUAGUCGGAAAUACUACCAGAGAGUGCUUUCUGCAGCACUCUCUAAUGUUAAAUCUAGAUGCAAACAGUAUUGGCGAAAAACAGGCCAGUAUUUAUUAAGUGAUAUUUGUUUUUUCAUUUGUGUAGCAGUACAACAUUUUCCACAGUAAAAUACUCGCAUACUUCGCACUUCGUCUUUCACCUACUCUGCUUCAACUAGUGUCUUUGCCAAGAGAACUUUAUGUUAAACGAAACACCUGAUGGCGAGGAAAAUGUUGUUACUGCGAAGAAGAGUAGCUAUUUAUUUCGUUGUCAUUUGUUACCUAUGUAUUUCAUAGAUAUUUAUAUGUUUAAGAAAUAUACACAUCAAAUGAAGUCGAGGCCCUUCAAGGCCUCCGUUUGUUGUGCUUAAUGAAAUCAGUAUUAAAUUUUGUUAAUAAAAAACCUUAA